UUGUAAGGUUGGUACACAGUCACAGCAGUUGAAAACGGAAGGCGAUGGCAAACCACACUGCUGCGUGACGUCUUUUCCGGUCAAGAACCGCUUCGUGAGGUUUGCACGAAGCAAUCAUGGGUCGGUACUCUCAUGAGCCCGAGGUGGUUCUCAAGUCAUGCAAGGCGCGUGGCUCAAACCUCCGUGUUCAUUUUAAGAACACCCGGGAGGCGGCCAAGACCAUCAGAAAAAUGAGCCUGAGGAGGGCAGUUAGGUACCUUAAAAAUGUUACCGAGAAGAAGGAAUGUGUUCCUUUCCGUCGUUUUAACGGAGGUGUUGGCAGAUGUGCUCAGGCCAAGGCCUGGAAAACUACCCAAGGUAGAUGGCCCAAGAAAUCUGCCGAGUUCCUGAUCCAGCUUCUCAAGAAUGCUGAAUCUAAUGCCGACUACAAGGGUCUGGAUGUUGACAGGCUGGUUAUUGAACACAUUCAGGUCAACCGUGCCCCUUGCCUUCGCAGGAGGACCUACCGUGCUCACGGUCGUAUCAACCCUUACAUGAGCUCGCCCUGCCACAUUGAGGUCAUCCUUACCGAGAAGGAGGAUGUUGUCUCCAAGGCCACCGAUGAUGAGCCUGCAAAGAAGAAGGUCUCCAAGAAAAAGUUGGCUAAACAGAAGGAGAAGAUGAUGCGCGAAUAGACCACUGAAUGUUAAUUCUCAAUAAAAAUUAAAAAUCCAAA